ACCGGGGCAAGGGCAACAAAUAGGGAAAUUUCACCAAUGAAUAAUUCGAUUCACAAAUUCCCCCUUAAGCUUUUUGGUUUCGUGUUUUCGCCUCGAAUUUAAGUAAAACCAUUUGAAGGUUUUCUUGUUGUUGCCUCAAAAAUCUCCCCUUCAUUAUAUAAAUUCUGAAUUUUUCUUAUAAAUUUCUUUGCUUGAAAGUUGAAACCGAUCCUUUUUUUUCCUCUUGAGCGAUCAAUCAAUCAAUAUUGAAACCCUAAUUUCUUGAAGCUUUUUCCUUGUUGUUUCCGUGUUGGUGAAUAUAUAAUCAGGUGUUAAAUUUUGCAAUGGCGAAAAGUUCCUUCAAGCUUGAACAUCCUUUGGAAAGGAGACAGGCUGAAGCUGGUCGAAUCAGGGAAAAGUAUCCCGACAGAAUUCCCGUCAUCGUCGAGAAAGCCGAACGAAGUGACAUUCCCGAUAUUGACAAAAAGAAGUAUCUCGUUCCUGCUGAUUUGACUGUGGGGCAGUUUGUUUAUGUUGUUCGUAAAAGGAUUAAGCUUAGUGCCGAGAAAGCUAUAUUUGUCUUUGUGAAGAACACUCUCCCACCUACUGCCGCCUUGAUGUCCGCUAUUUACGAGGAAAACAGGGAUGAAGAUGGUUUUCUUUACAUGACUUACAGUGGAGAAAACACAUUUGGUUCCCCUUUACUUUUAGCUUGAUUCAAUGCAAUGCAGAAAGAAGCUUAUGUAUAUAUAGCUAAAAGAAAAGGUGUAAAUUCUAUAUGGUGUUUGCUUGAGUAAAUGAUUUGCCCUUUACGAUGACAGUUCUUUUAACUGUCUGAACUUGGAACCUUUGUUUUUCUGUAAAUUUAAUGUCCGAAACUAACUUUAUCACUGAUUUCUAAUGGUAUUUCUAUGCUUUUAGUUAA